AGAACACACGACAUUAGAACGGCUUGAUUGAGAAGAUUUUUGUUUAAGUAGAUUUUUAUACAAAUUGUGUACAAUUUAUUGAGAAAAUACUAGAUAAACUAAUGAAAUGGCACAACAAGAUGUUGUUAACAAGAUUAAACAAAAUGUACAAGAAAAAUUUGCUGAAUUAAAAUCGGCCGUAAUGAUGCGUGAAAAAUUGUUGCUACGACAACUCGAAGUGAUAAAUACGACAAGAAAACAACAAUUGCAGUCCGGAAAUCGUGAGAAGGAUUCUGAAUCUAGCAUAGAAUUUCUAUGCGAUAACGAACACGAGCUGCUGGCAGCCAUACGCAACUUUGGACGCUAUCAGUUGACCAACAUAAAUUUGGCUCUGCAAGAUGUUUACUUGAAAAACGAGGACUACAUUAAACCCUCUGAUGAUCAUGAGACCUUGUUCAAGGGUCUAAAUCAAAGUGGAGAGGAGGGCGAAGUGGGUGCAGAGGACUACGAGGGCAGGGAAAGCAUCGUGGUUGACUUUUCACGCCACAAAAGUCUUAUGGAACACAAUGCCAAGCUUAUGAAUGAGAGCAUUAUCAAUAUAACACUAAAAGAAGCCAAGGAACUGAUAAAGCAGGCUAAGCUGAAAAGAGAACAACCAGUACCACCUCUAAAUUUAGAAGAAUUGGAUGAUGAAGUUGAAUCUUCUAUUGCCGAUGUGGUUUCUAGUUUGGAACAUGGAUCUCUAGAGCACUCCGAGCUGCUAUCGAAUAAUAAAUAUUCGCAAACCCAACAACAAUCAACAAAACAAAAAAGAUUUAAACCAAAAAUUACCAUUAACAACUGCAACGGCACUAUUAAUUUAAGAAACAUUGCAUCUUUAACCAUUAACUGCACUACCGAGGACAAUGUGCAAGCCCAAAUACCUGUGCGUUAUCCAAAUCAAGACGAAGAAGAAGAGGAGGAAGAGGCCUCAUCCUCCACCAACAAAGCUAAAUCCAAGUCAACACAAAAAUCGAAAACCCUGUUUGAAUCCUUGGUCUCGUCCAGUUCCAAUACAGAGUGUACUUCACCAUCAUCCACCACAACUAGCAACACACCCAACAGUUUGUCAAAUAUUUCCAGUAACAAUAGUUCGCGUUCACAAUCUACCAAAAAGCCGAAAUCUAAAAAAUCUCACACCAAAACCGAAAAGCCCCAAAACAUGGAGAAUAAACCGCUUAAAAAUCCCAAUAACCCUGAGUCGCAAGACAAUGUAGUAGAAUCUUCCUCUUCGUCGAUGGCUAAUGAAGUUACAUGUGAUUUUUACAAUCGUUUAUUAAAUGAAAUAAAAAAGUCCAUUAAUCAACAGCAAAGAGUUCGCUCUAAAUGCACUACAAGUUCUGCAAACUCACACGCCACCCAACAAAACGCCGAUUCCUCAACCAGUUUCAAUGAUUAUUUGGGAGAAGAUGCACAGGGCAGACGUUUGGUUUUGAAAAAUUUCGAAAAUCUAAAAAUCAUUUUAGAAGCCCACAGCAGCGGUGAUGAGGAAUCAUUUCAUCCCGUACAGAUUGAACAAUGGCUGGCAGAGAUUAUAUCGGACACCGAUUUGGAACCCAUGCAAAAUACCGACAUUUUAGAACAUUCCAAAAUAUACAAUGAAGAAACACAAGAAACUUAAAUACUACUCUUCGAACGUAGCCCACAAAGUAUUUUUUCAUUUAUUUUCGUUUUUUUUUAAUAUUUUAUUUAUAUUUGUACUUAAUUUUUAAGAAUUUGUAAUCAUUUAAGACUGUCCUUCAAAAGUUCAUUUCAAUUGUAUUGAAUUUAUUAUCUCAGUAUUUGCAUUUUCGAAUGAAUUCGAAUUCGAACAAAAAAGUGUUCUGUUUUAUUUAAAAUUUUAUUUAAUUGUGUAUUUAACAAUUUAAAGGGCAAUUUUCGCUACCCUUUUACUCGAAAUGAUUCCUUAAAAGAACAUCACUUUUAACAGUUUUUAUUAUAAAAAUCUUAUCAAUUUUAAAUUUCUUUAAUUUAUUUAAGAAUAUACAAAUGUUUCACAAAUCUUUUGUAUUUUUAUUUUAAUAUAAAACGAUUUUUAAUCAUGUAUGUACUUAAAUUUCACUUAGAUAUUGUAUACACUGUUCUAAUGUUUGUACAAAAUAUAAAACUAAUAAAAUACAGAGUUAACAACAA